CAAUAACAAUUUAUAUACUUUGUUUAUACAAGACGUUAGAUUUAUCAGACUCUCCUGUAAGAUAAUGCAGCGUUGAGCAAGCUAUAAACAAGAGCUUCCCGCGCGUAUGAAAGAUGCCAUGUGGUUUCGGUCCUUCUAAGUCAGUGAUCUUCAAAGUUAUGUUUCGUCGUACAAUCACCCUCGUAAGAAAAGGUGGGGACAAUAAGAUCUCGUUAUAAAUAAAUUAUUAAUGUUUUUAGGAAAUUUUUAAUUGGGAUAUGUGUGUGUAUGUGUGUGCGUGUGUGUGUGUGUGCAUAAACUGUAUGCAAACAUCCAUAAUUUACGAUAUCUACUUACAUACAUAUGUAAAAAUGUCAGGAAAAGGCGAUUGCGUAAAAAUGAAAAAUUUUCCUUCUCUCUUAUUUAUUUAAUCUUUGUUACGAGCACAAUUUAAUAGAUUCGCGUAAAAAUUUAACAACCUCAGAUGAAGAUGGGAACUUGGAGGACGUAAGGUACCUCAGGAUGUCUUAUCUUGGGUCCACGCGGGACUCAAACUCCGACUUGAAGAUCACUGAUCCACCCCCACCGAGUUUGCCUCAUCUGGCAAAUCGACGGCACUGGAUGAACUUUAGUCUAGACAGUCGGCACCGAGAGAGCGUCCAGGCUUCAUCGCGUCUCUCACGAAAGGGAGAGGAAGAGAGAGAGAGAGCGAGAGAGAGCGAGGGGGGAGGUAGGGAGCGAGACGAAGACGGUGGAGAGAAGACGAAAGUGAAGAAAAAAAAAAGAGUGGAGCUGUUUCCUCGGAAGAAUUUGAGAAGGUGUCGAAUUUUCUGCCGCUGACAGAAUGCGGCUGCCGGCAGCCUUCGCCGGUCUUCUGCUGAUCGUCCGGCUGUCCAGGAGCGAGAUCCUGACGCCGCCGUACUUCAAUUUGGCCGAGGGCAAGGAGAUCGUGGCCUCGGCUACGUGCGGCGUCGAUACUACCGGCCCCGAACUUUACUGCAAACUCGUCGGCGCGAACGCCGAUCAGGAUGAAGAUAUCAAUUUGAUUCAAGGCCAGGUUUGCGAUUAUUGCGAUCCUGAUAUUCCUGAGAAAAGGCACCCGCCCGAAUAUGCGGUCGAUGGAAUGGAAACUUGGUGGCAGUCACCACCUUUAUCCAGAGGGAUGAAAUAUAAUGAGGUCAAUCUGACGAUCAACCUGGAACAGGAAUUUCACGUGGCUUACGUUUACGUGCGAAUGGGAAAUUCACCUCGGCCAGGACUCUGGGUCCUAGAGAAGUCGAAAGAUCACGGCAAGACCUGGUCACCCUGGCAAUACUUUUCGGAUUCCGCCAGCGAUUGUCUGACCUAUUUCGGGGUGGACAGCCACAAACCAAUUAUUCGAGACGAUAGCGUAAUCUGCACGACUGAAUACUCAAAGGUUGUCCCACUCGAGGGCGGCGAGAUUCCAAUUUCAAUCCUAAAUAAUCGACCCUCGGCGAAGCAUUAUUUCAAUUCGACUUUACUACAAGAAUGGACGCGAGCGACAAACGUUCGUUUUCGUUUUCUCCGGACGAAGAAUUUGCUGGGGCACCUGAUGUCUGUCGUUCGUCAGGAUCCUACCGUUACUAGAAGAUACUUUUACUCGAUUAAAGAUAUCAGCAUCGGCGGUCGUUGCAUGUGCAACGGUCACGCGGAUAUCUGCGACAUUCAGGAUCCCAACUUGCCAAAGAAAUUGGUUUGCCGGUGCCAACACAAUACCUGCGGACCUCAGUGUGCAACAUGUUGCAAGGGUUUCGAACAGAAAAAAUGGAGACAGUCCACAGCGUCGCAGAAAUUCGUAUGCGAACCCUGCAACUGUUUCGGGCAUUCGGAUGAGUGCACAUACAGUUCAGAGAUUGACGAGAAACACUUGUCAUUGGACAUCCACGGAAAUUACGAGGGUGGUGGUAUUUGUCAGAAUUGUAAACAUAACACUGAGGGUAUCAAUUGUAAUCGUUGCAAACCCAAGUUCUACAGACCCUGGAAUAAGUCACUCAACGCAACCGACGUGUGUCAACCUUGUAACUGUGAUGACUUUUUCUCGACCGGGAACUGCACCGAUUCCGAGGGAAGAUGCGAGUGUCGAAAAGAGUUCACACCGCCGGAUUGCGAUUCUUGCAAUUACGGAUACUUUGGCUUUCCUAACUGCUUGCCCUGCCAAUGUGAUUUGCGGGGCACAGACGGUUAUCAUUGCGAAGCAACCGACGGUUAUUGUCCCUGCAAGGUAAACUACGCCGGUCACUAUUGCAAUCUCUGCGCGGAAGGAUAUUACAAUUUCCCCGACUGCUUAUUUUGCGGUUGCAAUCCUGUGGGCGCCCUGAAUGAUAUCUGCGAGGUGGUAUCCGGUAACUGCACGUGUAAAAACAACUAUGGAGGCAGAACGUGUGACAUUUGCGAGGACGGGUAUUUUAAUUAUCCUCUUUGCACAUAUUGCAAUUGUGAUGCGCGCGGAACGCAAUCCGGUAUUUGCGACAAAUCCGAUGGUGUUUGCUUGUGUAAAGAAGGAUACGGUGGCAUUAGAUGCGAUCAGUGUAUCCCAGGAUAUUACGGCUAUCCCAACUGUGUACCAUGCAACUGUAGCUCCGUCGGCUCAUCCAGCAUCAGUUGCGAUUCCACGGGCAAGUGCUCGUGCCUUGCCAAUUUCGCCGGAAGAACUUGUAGUCAAUGUAGCCCAGGAUACUACAAAUAUCCGGAAUGCACUGCAUGCAAUUGCGAUAGUCAUGGCUCGAUCGGCGUAUCCUGCGAUAGCGAAGGUAAAUGUCAAUGUCGUGAGAACUUCGAUGGUAUUCGAUGCGAGCAGUGCAAAGAGGGCUACUACAAUUUCCCUACCUGCGAGGGUUGCAACUGCGAUCCGGCUGGCAUAGUCGCGACUUUCCAAGGUUGUGGCUCCUUGCCGCCCGGCGAACUUUGUCAGUGCAAGGAGCGAGUCGAGGGAAGGAUAUGCAAUCAGUGCAAGCCACUUUAUUGGAAUCUGCAGUCUUAUAAUUCAGACGGUUGCGAAGAAUGUCAGUGUAACAUUCCUGGAGUCGUCGGCAGUAUAGGCGAGUGUGACACUAAAACUGGACAGUGUAUAUGCAAACCUGGCGUAACCGACAGAGGAUGCACUCGAUGCAUCGACGGAACGUAUAAUCUUCAGGAAAGCAAUCUCUUCGGUUGUUUCGAUUGCGCCUGCGACGUUGGCGGUUCCGUGAAUCCGAUAUGCGACAAGCAAACUGGCCAGUGUCCUUGCCAACCACGGGUGACCGGUCUUACGUGUAAGGAGCCUUUAAAGGCACAUUACUUCCCUACUCUUCAUCAAUAUAAAUACGAGGCCGAGGUUGGCAAAACCCCCAUCGGCAACGCCGUCCGUUACGGCUUCGAGGAAGACAUCUUUCCGAACUUGAGUUGGAAGGGUUACGCUGAGUUUAGUGAUAAGCAAGAUGAAAUUGUGCUGGGUGUGGACAUCGGCAAGUCUUCCCUCUAUCGAAUGAUCUUGCGUUACGUGAAUCGCAACAAUGAGCCGAUCCUCGGCACUAUCACUAUCACUCCUGACAAUCCAUCCGAGGUAGAGCAACAGUUUAAAGUCAACUUUAAGCCGACCAACCGACCGUCCUUCGUAACGGUCGCCGGGGCACACGGCAACCAUCCGUCGCCCAUGGUAAUGAAUCCUGGACACUGGUCCAUCAAGAUUGCCACGAAGAAGAUUAUGUUCCUUGAUUACUUCGUUCUAUUGCCGUCAGAAUACUACGAGGGCGGCAUAUUGACGCAGGAUGUGAACGUGCCCUGCGAAGUCGGCUACAAGGGACUUUGCAGACACUACGGAUAUCCGAAUUUGACACGAUUUGAUUCGGUCCACGGCGCCGGCGGGUUUCUCAGCGAGAACAAUGUACGGAUAUCGUUGACCGAGUACUUUACCGAUCGCGAGACUUUGCAAGAGAUCGAUGAGGAUGAAGUUCCUCUUAUCAACGAUCAGCAAGAAGAGAUCCACUUCGAAUUGAGAAUCAGCAAACCUGGUCCUCAUGUUCUCGUAGUGACUUAUGUCACUCCGCGGGACGUGCAAGACACGUCGGUGCUGCUAAUCGAGGCGAAUACCGUCGGCAAGGGCAAAGUCACUCUGAAUCCCUGUAAAUACACCAGCACGUGUCGACAGGUUGUCACCGAUACCUACGGCAAGGUAGCCGUCAUGAAUUUCCCAUCGAACUAUGUUAGCUUGGUGCUGACCGGAGAACCGACGUCCAACGUCGCGAUCGACUCGAUAGUGGCGAUUCCCUAUCAUCAAUGGUCGCUGGAUUACGUGAAACCUAAAUCUAUCUGUGUAAGGAAAAACGGCAAAUGUGUACAAGGACUGUUUCCUGGUGCCGCCGACGCCAAAAAGAUCGAGUUCGAGACGUCCAUCGACUUUCCCGAAACUGAAAAUCGACCUCCCGGUAUUUACGAUAACGCCACUAAAUUGAUCUAUCUAGGCGAUGGCAACAUGGUGGAUAUCCACGCAAAGGUAUCCCAGCCGGGAGAAUACGUCUUUGUGAUACAGUAUUAUCAGCCGGAUCAUCCUCAGUUCGAACUAGACGUGCUGGUGCAAAAUGGCAAAUUUUACGAGGCAAAGGUGCCGGUUCCCCAUUGUCCUAGUAACAGCGGCUGUCGUAGUAUCGUGCGUAAAAUCGAUGACGAUGAUACCAGGUUUCAGCUGAUCGAAAAUUUUGUGCUGACGCUGAAAGAUACCGGCCACGGUAUCUGGUUGGAUUACAUCUUGGUGAUCCCGGCGGAUCAGUAUAACGAGAAAAUCCUCAGUAAGUUGCAGUUUGACCAAACGAAAGAGUUCAUCAAGCGUUGUGGCAGUAACCAUUUUCACAUCAAUGUCACCGAGGACGGUUUUUGUCGUGACUCUAGUUUUUCUCUAAUAACUAAUUAUAACAACGGUGCAUUGUCAUGCAACUGCGACAGCGAGGGGUCUACCAGCUUCGAGUGCGAGAAAUUCGGCGGCCAAUGUCCCUGUCGACCAAACAUCAUCGGUAGACGAUGCGAGAUCUGCAAAACUGGAUUCUACGGUUUUCCUAGAUGCAAACCGUGUAACUGUCCGGCUCUGUGCGAACCAUACACGGGCGUAUGCACCUGUCCGCCCCGGGUGACGGGUGAACGGUGCGACCGAUGCGAGCCUGGCACCUACGGAUUCCACCCGCUCAUCGGCUGCGAGGAGUGCAACUGUUCGCCCUUGGGCGUCCUGGACGGUAAUCUGCAAUGCGACGACAAUGGCUGCCGUUGCAAGGAGAACGUGAUGGGCCGUCAAUGUGACCGCUGUCACCCUGGUCACUCGCAGUUCCCACAUUGCGAGCGUUGCGACUGUGAUUUACGCGGUACAACCAGCGAGAUAUGCGACCAAUAUACGGCCGAGUGCUACUGCAAAGCGAAUGUGCAAGGUUUAGCGUGCGAUGUGUGCCGCGAGGGCACCUUCGACAUCCAGGCUGAUAAUGCGGAUGGUUGUACCAAGUGUUUCUGCUUUGGCAAGACAACCAGGUGCGCCUCUGCGAAUCUCUACCGGACCCAUCUCAUGGAUAUGGCCGAUUGGGAAUUGGUUACGCCUAUUGAUAAGAGCGGCAAUUUCACCAAUCUAUCGACCUAUCCUGUAGAGAAUGCAACUACACUCACAGUCUCGCUCAUCACCAACGACACUUUCGAGAACGUCGUUUACUUUUCGGCCCCCGAUACCUAUCUCGGUAAAAUGUUGACUUCUUAUGGUGGCUACUUCAAUUAUAGCGUCUACUAUAGCACGGGACCCUUCGGCAAGGCUGUUAGCGCCGCCGACGUUAUCCUUCAAGGCGCCGAUACUACGUUAUUUUAUUAUUCCGACGAGCAGCCACCAUCCUUUGUGAACUUUAGGGCGUCCGUCCGUCUCGUCGAGUCUAACUUCUUAACUAGCAACAGACUCAGCGCAACCAGAGAACAGUUCAUGGUUAUUCUCGAAGAUCUACGUGGAAUAUACGUGCGUGCCACGUACUGGAACCCUAGUAUCACGGCUUCAUUAUCAUAUGCGACUUUGGACGUUACAACGGAACAGUACUCGGCUCAAUACAGCAUCCCGGCUAGCAGCGUGGAGCACUGUCAGUGUCCACCUAAUUAUCAAGGAUUCUCAUGUGAGGAAUGUGCUUCAGGAUAUUACAGGAUUAAAUCGGGACCAUACGGAGGCUACUGCGCACCCUGUCAAUGCAACGGUCAUGCGGCUACGUGCGACGUAAACACUGGCAUCUGUCAGAACUGCAAGAAUGGCACUGUCGGCGAUCACUGCGAAUACUGCGAGCAAGGCUACUACGGUAAUGCCACUGUUGGCACACCGACGGAUUGUCUAAUUUGUGCAUGCCCGUUGCCGGUCGCCUCCAAUAACUUUGCCACCGGCUGCGAGGUGAACGAGGAGGGCAAUAAGAUUAGUUGCGACUGUCUGCCCGGAUACUACGGUGCUCGUUGCGAAGCCUGCGCCGCCGGUUACUACGGCAAUCCCGAGAUAUACGGUGAUUAUUGCAAGCCGUGCGAAUGCUCCGGCAAUAUUGACACCAAUCAAAUUGGCUCGUGCGACAGUAUCACCGGCCAGUGUUUACAAUGCUUGAACAAUACCUAUGGCGAGGCGUGUAAUCUGUGCGCCCCUGGUUACUUUGGCGACGCCGUGGAGCGGAAAGACUGUCGUAGCUGCGUAUGCAACGACUGCGGGAUAGAACACUGCGACAGCUACAGCGGUCAAUGUUUCUGUCAAGAAAAUGUUAUUGGCGAGCAAUGCGAUCGCUGCGCGCCCGAUCAUUAUGGCUUCGACACUUGCGACGGUUGCAGGUCAUGCGACUGCGACCUGGCCUCGGAGAGCAGCCAGUGCGAUGGAGAAACGGGACAAUGCAAGUGUAUGCCAGGUGUCACUGGUCGCAGAUGCGACCAGUGCAUUCAGGGAUAUUACAAGUACACAUCGGACGGAUGCGAAUCGUGCCAAUGUCACACUGGUUACUCCAUCGGCGUGUCUUGCAACACAACCACCGGUCAAUGCACCUGUUUACCUGGUGUGAUUGGUGACAAGUGUGACCACUGUCCGCGUCGGUUCGUGCUCAUCCCAGCACAGGGCUGCUUCUCUUGCGGCAGCUGCACGGGUAGUCUUCUGGAUGUUACGGAUAAACUAACCGAGUUGUUAAAUCCUGUCUCAAGCGAGUAUAGUACGGUCGCGGAAGGAUACUUUACGAAUCAACGACUCAAGUUUAUCAACGACACAGUCAACGAGCUCUAUCCCGAAGUUAAUUUAUUGGAUCCAAGUUGGGUGAAUCUGGUGCCAUUGCAGGAGAAGCUAAAGCAAUUAGAACACACUGUGUACAAUCAAAAACGACUAAUUGAUUUCACUGCCGAGGACAGCGUCAAGUGGAAGGACAACGCCGAGAACACGUUGCAGGACAUGAAGACCUUGGAAUCAGAUGUGGUGCACAAGAUCGACCUAAUGAAUCACAUCGUAUCGGAAGUGCAAUCGUUGGCGCUGAAUAUUGAACUGGGGACGAGCGCCAAGGUCGAUCAUGCACUGAACGAGGCAAAAGAGAUUCUGAAGAAAAUUAAGGACGUCUCCUUUGUUAAAUUUCGUGACAACGCCGUAGACCAAGCGGACCAAGCUAAUAUCCUGAUUUCCGAAAUGCAGAAUUACAACUUUCCAGUUAGCAACCUAAGUUCCGCCGCGGUCAAUUUCAGUGACAAGAUUAAAAACGCCAGCGCCAAAAUGGAUGACCUGCUGGACAUCGUGCAGGUAGCUCAAGAAAUUGCCACCAUCGUGGAUAAACUAAAUCGAGAAAACAGAAUCGCUGCGCAUACUGGCAACCUCGACGUUGUGAAAAACUCCACCGCUGAAGCGAAAGAGGACUUGGAAGCUGGAGAGCAGCUCAAGAAUAACGCCAGCGAUUUUCUUAACCAAGCGACAAACUAUAUGAAUCUUCUACAAGCUAAUACUUUCAGCGACGCAACCGAUCGACUGAACAAUACUAUUUCUAUGAAUGACGAAAUGCUGUUCAACCUGAGUGAGCCAGUCAGAAAAGCUAAUAUUCACGCGGCAUACCUGAACAAUCGUUCGCUGGAAUUGGAUAGUUUGCUAACCGACACUCGCAACACUAACGCAGUGAGAGCCGUUUCAGCAUACAGAGAUAUUGAGACCGCAAUUCAAGCCGCAAAAGAUGCUGCAGACCAUGCCAUAAUCGCUGCUGAGAACGCAACAUCGCUGACUGAUGGAAUCGAACAAAACAUGCUGGACACUCGAAACGAGAGCUUCAAAUUGUUUACCGUCGCGCAGCACGCUUUAAAAAAAACGACGAGUCAGCCUCAGAACGAUUUGCGAGAAGCAAGGAACAACGCAACUCUGAUUGACAGUCAAAAUAAACGCAACAAGGAGAUUCUCGACUCCAUUGACAAGACGCUUGGCAACAUUCCUUCGCAAUCGUCGUCGGUCGCACAUGACGCCAUGAAUCAAGCAGUGAUUGUGGAGCGUAACAUCAAGGUCGCCAUAGAUGACCUGAACGGCAUCGUCAAUCAGAUCCCGGAAGAUCUGCGAGAGACAAAGCAACUUUCGAAAAAUACGUCAGAGUCAAUCCGCGACAUAUCGCAGGCAAACAAGCAGCUGGAUAUUGUAGACAAAGUAAUGCCGAACAUUACCAGUUUGCUAAACAGUCUGAAUGGUAAUCAGAAAUCGAUUGAUGCAACUGGGACCGAUCUACAAAGUAAAAUCGAGGCCCUGAGAAACAAAAUCGCGAAUGCCCGGGAACUGGCUAAUCGAUUCAAGACCGGCUUGACCUUCUACAGGAACACUACUUUGGAACUGAAGAAUCCAGAGAGCCUGCCGUUGCUAGCUACAUCCACAAAAAUAUCCCUAUAUUUCAGGACCAACAAGACCAACGGCUUUUUGCUAUACCUUGGCAAUGAGGAGAAGACAAAACUACCACGCUCUAAGAUGCAUGACUUCAUGGCGUUAUUGAUUGAAAGCGGAUAUCCUGUGCUCAUAGUCGAUCUGGGAUCCGGACCAGAGAAGAUAAAUCACAACAAAUUCGUAUCGGAUAAUGUGUGGCGACAGAUAAUUAUCGACAGGACUGGCAAGAAUUUCAAAUUAAUCGUUCGCGAGGAUAUUGGUGAGGGCAAGGAUAGAUUGUACGAGAAGGAGCGGGCCUUGCAAGGCUCUUAUUAUGUGUUCAACGUAGAUCAAGAGCAUUCAAAACUCUUUGUCGGUGGUUAUCCAUCGUCUUUCCGCAUUCAGGACGCUGUGACUGCGUCUUCUUUCGAGGGCGAAAUGGAAGAAUUGAUGAUAGGCGAUAUACCGGUGUCUUUCUGGAACUUUGUCGACGGUGAAAACAACCAGAAGAGCGCGUUUGAACGCGAUAAGCUCAUUAAUUUCGCGCCGAGCAGGGGAUACCGUUUCGAUCGACACGGCUAUGCAAUCCUCAGCAAAAAGGGUUCGCAGAUUACGCCAGACACCAGAAAGUUCAUCAUCAAACUAUCUUUCAAGACCUUCGCGGAGGAUGGAUUAAUUUAUUUAAUGGGCAAAGGCAGACAAUUCUUGUCUCUGGAAAUGAGAAAGGGUCAGUUGUUGUACCAGUACGAUCUUGGUGAGGGUACGACUAUUUUGAGGUCCUCGGAUAAGUACAAUGAUGGUAACUGGCACACUCUGGAGGCCAUCAGACAGGAUACGAUGGGCGCGCUCAAGAUCGACGAUCACACGGUUGCAUCGAGUCAAGAGAAAGGAACUACCAAGCCUCUGGCUUCAUCGGACCACAUUUAUUUCGGUGGAUACCCACCUAACGCAAAGCAUCCUUACGAAUCGGUUACCAACAAUGGCUUCGAAGGCUGCAUUGACGAUGUCGUUAUUCUCGACACUUCGGUCGAUCUCACGCACAACGUGCAAGCAUUUGGAGUCAUGCCCGGUUGUCCAGUCAGGUUUGCCAGUCUCGUUUCUUUCGAGAAAAACACACCUGGUUAUGUGAGAUGGCGCAAUUUGGCGUCCGACGGUCUACAAGUGAAUCUCAAGUUCAAGACACCGGCCAGCGACGGCCUGAUUUUCUACGCAAUCAACAACGAUCAACAGAACGCGGCUACUAGUUAUCUAUCGUUGGUGGACGGCCAGUUAGUAUUCAACAGCCAGGGUGAAGAACUCAGGACCAAUCCGUCGGACGUUAGGUUCAACGAUAACGAAUGGCACGUGGUCACCGCCACUCAUGAUCAGUCGGCUCUUAGUCUCGAUAUUGACGACACAAAGAGCUACAGUACCGAUUCGGCGCCGCCGCCGCUGCAUUUCCUCUACGGCAACUUGUACAUCGGUGGACUACCGUUAAGUGUCGAUUCGGAUGGCAAAACCGUGCCCUUCGUCGGCUGCAUUGGUGACGCAACUCUCAACAGCGAGGUCAUUAUCAAUUUCGCCAACACGACCGAGAGACCACACGCGUUCCUAGGAAAGUGCAAGGGCGGUGAUCAGACGCUUUUGACACCGAUUGUCGAACCUGAAUUUUUGCCACCGUUGCUACCGUCGGAAGGUCCGGAGGAUACAGUGGAGUUGUCGACUCAAAUCAAUAUAAUAGACGUCGACCUAGAGGGAGUUGAUAAAGAGGAUGAACCAGAACUGGAAGGACGAAUCAACGCGGGUUAUGAUUUCACUACUACGCAAAGGCCAACCGAACAGCCUCAAACUGUCGACAAGUGUCAUUUGCCAUACUACCCGGCAACGGAUCCUGACCUUGAGAAUGCUUGGCGAUUUGGUACUGCGAAGGACAGCAGAUUAGAAUAUAGGACAUUAAAUGGACGAUACAAAGAUGACUACGAUUUCCAGAUUGAUAUAAAAACAAUGGCGGACGAUGGAAUUAUAUUCUAUAGUUCCGACCUUAAUAAGCAAGACUUAAUCGCCGUGUACAUGGUCGGUGGAAUGAUUCGCUACAAGUUCGAUUGCGGCAGUGGAGCAGCGUUGCUAGAGAGUAACAAGAUGAUCAACAACAAUCAAUGGCAUAUCGUGGUCUUCAAGAGACAAGGUAACACCGGCCAGCUGAUUGUGGACGAGGAAGAAUCGGUGACUAAAUCCUCGCCGGGACACACCACCACUAUCAAUGUCAAUCCGCCGUUCUUCGUGGGUGGCGUUUUGCCGGAGCUAUCUGAGAUCGCGUACACGAAUAUUGGUGUCAAUAAAACAUUUAACGGCUGUCUAGGAAAUUUCAUGAUGAAUGGACAACUUGUUGGAGAGCCAUCGGAAAAAAUAGGCGUAAUACCCUGCUCGAAGAGAAUCGAACCUGGUCUUUUCUUCUUCCCAGGAAACGGCAGUAAUUUAUUCAAAGCAGUGGAUCGAUUUAACGUGGACCGCACGGUCGAUAUACAAAUGGACAUAAAACCGCGAUCAACAUCUGGACACUUACUGUCAGUGCACGGUAAAAGGGAUUAUCUUGUACUAGAGAUGGUCAACGGUACCGUCAAGUUCCUCAUAAAGACGCAGAGAGGUUCGAUCGAGACCGCGUUCGAGCCAACGAAACCAAACUCCCUGUGCGAUGGCCACUGGCACAAUAUUCGAGCCGUCAAACAGAAAAAUGCAGUACUGUUGUCGGUCGAUCACAAGCCGGCACCGCCCGGAAUCGGCAACAAAAACGUGGCUAGAGUCUUGUCAAAACAUCCGAUAUUUAUCGGUGGCCAUCCGAUGCUUGGAAGAAGAUUACGAGGUAGUACAUCGCAGGCUCAAUACGUCGGCUGCAUCAACAAUAUUCUGAUCAACAUGAACCCCAUCAGCAUCAGGCCUGAACGAGCUUAUGGACAAGUUAUCACCGGUGUAUGCCCGACUAUUUAAAAUGAUGAAAGAAUUCUAAUAGGUGAUACAAAUUUAUCCAAAAUUCUGAUCUGACUAUUUCUUCUCCUCCUCUUUGAAAUAGUUUAUUAAUCUCUGAAUGCGCUUCUGAUCUAAAAAUAACAAAAAUAAUAGGUCAAACACUUUCGCACUUGUAGUUCCAUUAAUGUUUUCCUAGGAAAAAUACUUUCUCGAUAAGAGCUAUGAAAAAAUAUUCGUACAGGAUAAGGAGGCUCGAUGUAACCAAAGAUAUGAUUUAAUAAAGGAUGUAAGUUAUAAAAUAUGUAUAGGCACGCAGGAAGUUGGUUUUAAUACAACGAUGCAGAUCAUUAAAAAGGUAAUAAUUUUUGUAAAAGUCAUAAGUGUUUUUAUUUUGUGAAUUAUAUAUAUGUAAUAUUUGUGCGUUAUCGCAUUCGGCACAUCUUGUAAAUAAAUCCAAAUUCUUAUAUAA